AUGACGGCCGCCAUGUUUGCUGGACUAUAUGCCCCAGAUCAAUCAUCGCCGCCCAAACCACCUUCGAAUUGCCCAACAGGUAAUUGCACUUGGGAGUCGUUCGGAACGUUGAGUGUCAACACGAAAUGCAUUGAUCUAUCAUCACUUGUGAAGAGGCGCCAAGCUGGCACCGAGUACUACCUCGAGGCACCCCAUGACCCCUUGCUGCAGGGCAUGUUCGGCCAGACCAACAGAUCUGACCGAUAUCACUUGUUUCAUAUCCAAUCCUACAUGCCGGCAGGCAUGAACAUGUCGUAUGUUCAGCCAUUUGUUAAUCUGACAGCAACUGUGGUCGUCGUUGAUUUGGUAAAGGUCUGGCCAAAUAACUCAUCAGUCAUGUAUGAACUGCCCGGCAAGGACUCGUUAUUUGAGGCUUUCCGCUGCGCUAUUUACUUCUCUGCCAAAGAGGAGGUCACCGAACCGGAAAACGUUCAAUUCCUGAAUGAAAGGAAUGACUCACUCAAGCACUUCGUCAGAUAUGAAGACCCCUGGAGGAGUCUGGCAUUCCGACUCCCUGUCCUCUCCCCAAACAGGAGAAACAACUUCAUUAUCCCGAAAACAGCCUUUUAUGACAUCCACAGCCAGAUGAAGCGCGAUAUUACGGGUACAGUUUCCGUUGCCAGUCGCCAGUAUAGCGGAACCACGACUCCUCUUUUAGUAUACAAGGCCGACAGCGUGGUUCAGCCGAUCCAAAACAUGGCCGAUGCCAUCACAACAGAGAUGCGAAGAAAUGGAUCUAGCGUCAAUCCAGAGCAGACUGUCCAAGGCCACGUGUGGAUUCAGCUGCAAUUUGUUGUCGUGCGGUGGGCGUGGCUGGCUCUGCCCGCAACCAUGCUCGUGUUGACUUCCUUACUCCUCGCUGCCACGAUCGUGAAAACGCGCAGGAAGGAUGUUGGUGUGUGGCUGUCAAGCCCACUGGCCCUUUUCUUCAACGCGCAUCUGGACUCGAGUGGCAAAGACGUUUUAUCACUCGCCAGCUCCAGGUCACUCAACACUGCUGACGGUAUGGUCCAGGCGGGGCUCAAGGCUAGCAUCGACAAAGGCUCUCGCACGAUCAAUUUUUAA